AUGGAUGAGGAAAUCAAAUCUAUUAAGAAGAACAAUACUUGGGAGUUAACAGAGCUUCCACAAGGGCACAAGACGAUUGGUGUCAAAUGGGUCUUUAAGACAAAGUUGAAUGAGAAGGGUGAGAUUCAUAAGCACAAAGCACGCUUGGUGGCGAAAGGUUACAAGCAAGAGUACGGCGUUGACUACAUAGAACUGGAUGUGAAGUUUGCGUUUUUACAUUGUGAGUUGCAAGAACAUGUUUAUGUUGAGCAGCCAGCAGGCUAUGUUCAGCCAGGGAAGGAAAAACAAGUUUACAAGCUUAAAAAAGCUUUAUAUGGGCUGAAGCAAGCUUCCAGAGCUUGGUACAGCCGCAUAGAGGCAUAUUUUGCAAGAGAAGGAUUUCAAAAAUGUCCAUAUGAGCAUACACUCUUUACAAAAUCUGGAGAGGAAGGGCAAAUACUCAUCGUGUGCUUGUAUGUGGAUGAUCUGAUCUAUACAGGUAAUGAUGUGGCCAUGUUUAAUGAUCUUAAGAAAUCCAUGAUGCAUGAGUUUGAUAUGUCUGAUCUUGGAUUGAUGCACUAUUUUCUUGGUAUAGAAGUAGUACAAUCUAGUGCCGAAAUAUUUAUUUCACAAAAGAAAUAUGUUCAAGAAAUCUUAGACAGGUUUGAGAUGAAGGAUUGCAAUUCAGUUUGUACGCCAAUUGAAAUUGGUUUGAAACUAGUGAAGAAUUCUGGGGAGAAGAAGGUUGAUCAAACUCUCUACAAACAGAUUGUAGGAAGUCUGAUGUAUCUUAUAGCAACAAGGCCAGACAUACAACACGCAGUGAGUCUCAUUAGCAGAUAUAUGGAGUGUCCAGAAGUGCCUCAUUUGGCGAUUGUCACUCUGUCAACCACUGAAGCUGAGUUUAUUGCAGCAGCAGCCUGCAGCUGUCAAGCUAUUUGGUUGAGGAGGAUAGUUGAAGAAUUACAUGGUUUGCAAGAAGGUCCAACUCCUGUCUAUUGUGAUAACAAUUCAGCAAUCAAGUUGUCCAAGAAUCUAGUUUUACAUGGCAGAAGCAAACACAUUGAUGUUCGCUACCAUUUCCUGCACGACCUCACAAAGGCUGAAACAAUUGAUUUAAUCUACCGUAGAAGUGAAGAUCAGGUGGCUGAUAUUCUAACCAAGCCUCUCAAAUUACCGGUGUUCUCAAAGCUAAGGAAAUUGUUAGGAGUUUGCUCUGUGAAGGAUAUUGCUUGA